CGUCAUAAAGAAAGAGAAAUUGCAGAGGAGAGAAAAGGAAAAAAUAAGAACGAAAGAUCAACUAAAGUCACAUCUGCACAAUCCGAAUGCAGAGAGAAAGUGCAAAAGGAACGAAAAGGAAAAAGAGAGAAGGAGGUUUCAAUAAGAGAUGAUUUUUCAGAAACAGAAGGUGACGAUACACAAUCAGACAAUGAGAAUGAAAUGAUGACAAAAGAAUCUGACAAUGAAACUUCGGCCUCUAGUAGCGGAGAAGAAACAGUGAAUUUACUAUUUCAAGGUGAAGUGAGGGAGAAAGCAGACAAAUCAAAGGUGUCUGCCAGAGAAAAGAAAUCAGUUGAGCCAAAAAGAAAAGGAAGAAUAAAAGAGAAAAAUCAACAUAAAGAAAAACAUAAGGGAGCUGGCGAUGAAAGAGGCCAGUAUUCGGAUGGGGAGGUACACGAAACGCCUCCUCACAAAUCAAAUGAAGUAGAAUCAGAAGAUGGCAAAGGGAUUAAAGAAGCACGAAUAGGUAAGAAAAGAAUGGCCCAAUCAGUAAAGGAACACCUCUCCCUCAGUUCAACAAGAGAACAACAGAUAGGGAAGAGAAAUGCCCCAGUAGCUUCAACCAGAGGAAAAACGCAUUCGAAGCAAGGCGCAAAACAGUCAGCGGAAUCGAGAAGAGAAACAGGAGUUUCAUCGACAAGGAAGACCACAGCUCUUCCUCUAGAAGAAGAUAUGCCUGGUUCCGAUAGCGCUCAAUAUGACUCAGAAAAUGACAAAUCAGAUGCAGACGGCAGUGAGAAUGACAGAGACGGAGACUCAGAACAGAAGUCAUCCAAUGAGGAGGAAGAGGAGGAGGAAACAUUUCCAAGUGAAGUAAGGGAGAAAGCUGACAAAUCAAAGGUGCCUGCUAGAGAAAAGAAAGUUGAGCAAAAACGAAAAGGAAGAAUGAAAGAGAAACAGACAGAGAAAGAAAAGCAAAGAAGAGCUGGUGAUGAAAGAGGCCAGUCUUCAGAUGGAGAGGUACAUGAAACACCUCGUCACAAAUUAAAGAUAUCGAAAGGAGUAGAAUCAGAAGGUGGCAAACAGAACAAGGAAGCACAGAAAGGUAAGAAAAAAGCAAUGAAAAUGGCCCAAUCAGUAAAGGAAAGCCUCUCCCUCCGUUCAACGAAAGAACAGCAGAAAGGGAAGAGAAAUGCCCCGCUUGAUGAAGCAGCUUCGACCAGAGAAAAGUACCUCAAAACGCAUUCAAACCAAAGCACAAAACCACCGGAAUCGAGAGAAACAGGAGUUUCAUUGACAGGGAAAACAAAGAAAACCGCAGCUCUUCCUUUAGAAGACGACACGCCUGGUUCAGGUAGCGCUCAAUAUGACUCAGAGUAUGAGGAAUCAGAUGCAGACGGUAGCAGUGAGGAUGAAGAAGACAAAGACUCAGAACAGAAGUCAUCAAAUGAGGAGGAGGAGGAGGAGGAGGAGAGGAAACAGAACAUGAUGACGAGUCUUCUGCUGCCGCUAUCACUAGCGAAGAGGAAGUGCAGACGAGAACCAAUGAAAAAUCACUGAAAAGUGAGUUCACGGCUUCUAACGAGAAACGAAGUAAGAGAGCGAAAGGAGGCUGGGAAAAGAAAAGAAGUAAAAGUCGAAGCAGCUGCGGAUGUACCAGACAUACCCAGAGAAUCAGUCCCUGGUGGUAGGGGCAGGGACCGAGAGGAACACGACGUUCAACCAAAGAAAAAGGGAAGGAGAAGGCUCAGGGAGAGUGGUACGAGUCCUAUAGCCCAAAGGUAGCUCCUCCCCCUCCACUUCACAGGAGGAAAAGCAACAGGAGUCUGACCCCAGAGGACAACGGAGGAAGAAGGAACGUGGAACAGGAUACAAGAAAGAGAAGAAGGAGAAGAAACAAGGAGAAACAGACAAGCCACCCAGUUCCUCUGAGACUGACGACUCCUCACCAGAGUGCGACAUGGCCCAGAAGUUGUCCAAAGCGGACGGCAAGAAACUCAGGAAAACGUUCCGCCAGUUUUUCGGUCACCUCUGCUGCGAGAUUACCAAUCCUGUUCAAGUCGCGGCUCAACUGCAGAAGAAAGGCGUGAUAUCCAUUUCAGUGAUGAAGGACAUGAUCAUGUCUCCGGAAUCUCAACAAGCCAAGACCAUUAAUUUGGUUGGUGCGCUCGACAAGAAAAUAAAGUCGCAUCCUGACCGGCUCUUCCUGUUUAUCGAGGCACUGCUGGAGAGCAGUACUCCACAGCUGCAGGAAGCAGGCAGAGAAAUGUCGAGAAAAGCCGGUGAAGUCUGUCCCGACAGAGAAGUUGCAAAGUUCCCAACUCCCUUUAAAACUGGGACUUCCUCAUCUGACACAACAGGAAACAAAGGGGAGGUACUGCCCAACAAAGCCAGAGUACGUCAACUCAGGUAACCCACUGAGUAUAGGAGGUGAGACUACAGUAUUGUCGCUGGAAGUAAGUCAGUCUGCACCGCAGUUGAACCCAGUCUUGGCUAUAUACAAAGAAUACCUGAAGUCCUAUUACAAUGCUAGAGCCCUAGCUCCAGCAGACAAGUACCUUCCCACUCUCAGUGUCCCCUACAUCAACCUAGCCAUGGUCGGUAGAGGGUACUGCGGCCCCUGAGCAGAGGGAUGAGUUCACUAGACAAACGCUGCAUGGAGGGGUAGACCAGAUCCUCCAGAG